CGAUAUGUCACGAUGCUGCAUUGUCAGAUACAGUAUUUAUACAUGCAUGCUAAAAAGUUAAAUCUCGUAGUAAUCAAUAUAGCAGAAGAAUAAUGAAGAGUACAUACUACAAAAACUGUGCAAUUUGUAGCAAGAUUAAUUUUUGUUUAACAGCUGUUUUUAUUACAUUUUAUUUCGUAUUAUUACUACCAAAUACUGCUACCGUUUGUUAAUGUUAUGCACAUGGUUAUCUUGUACUUGCAAGUAAAUGUAACAUUUAAAAAAAAAAAUAAUGAAAAAAUAAGUCAUUUAGGCUAUUUGAUAAUAACAUGCUAAAUGAACAUGUUUUGCUUUUUAAUUCUCCUUCACUCAGUCUUUGUAUAAUGUAUAUUUUUAGACGAGCUGAUCGCCAACCAGGAGAUCAGAAUGAUAGCAUCUGCUCCUGCCACUCUAAGGAUGGUAAGAAGGAGGGGGACCCUGCAUAUUUUGCAUGGAAUGAAGUAAAGGCCAUGGAUUUCUCUGAUCCUGAAUGUACAAAAAGGAGGAAAAAACUCAAAAGUGAGGAGUCCCUGUCAUCUUCACAGAUGGACCAGUUGCAGAUUCCACAAGCACCAAAAUGUCAAUAUCAAGAAAAAUUGAUAUCAGAGCACAACUACUCAGCAUCCUGCACAUUUAACUGUACUCAAGAAAUGCAGCGCCUCUCAACAGAAAUACAACUGGAAAAGGAAUUGCUUGCCCUAAAAAUAGAGUCUAGUAAAAGGAAGCCAAUAUCAAUCCACGAUAUUAAAUACAACGAAGAGAAGGUCUCUGAUCAGCAGGGGCAUUUUCUCUAUAUAAGAAGAAAAUGGAGACUCCCUACCCACCCGAUGUAUUUUGUCGGACAGUUUUCUGUACAUUGCAGUCACCAAUAUAUCCAAAUAUCAUCACCGGCCCAGACGUCAUUCACUCCUUUGAAUUGUGCUGGUAGCAGUAAGGUGUCAUCAUUUGAGAUGGUCACAGUAUCCAAUACACUGAAGUCACAGGACUCAAAUUUCAUACAUGUUCACAGAUGCUGUCUGAUGGCGUAGUGUAGAAUGUAGCGUAGAAUGUUUUCCAAGUCAGCUUAAAUGCAAAGGGUCUCUGCCAAAAUCUUUUGAGGAUUUUUCCUCUGCUAGAGCAUCCAUGGAUGCAAUUGAAACAACCCAGGACAUCCCAACACAUAUGGAUAAUCAGGCCAUGGCCUACAGUAUGUACAAAAGUUGCCAUACUUUUAAAGCAGUAACUUGCGUGCCUCCAAAUGGUGCACUUACAUUUUGCUCCAUGCUGUACCCAGGUUCUACUUCUGAUGUAGCUAUUGUACGUCACAGCCAAGUUUUACGAAAGUUCAAAGCUGGAGACCUUAUUUUGGUGGUCAAAGGUUUCACCAUUCAUGACCAGUUGCCCCAGGGUGUCUGCUUAAUUAUAAAAGCUCUUUUAUCGACACGAGGCCAGUUUACCAUACAAGAAGCAGCACUGUGUUACAAGAUUGCUAAAGCACUUAUUCAUGUGGAAAGAGCCAACGAGAGGAUAAAGAAUUACGAGAUUCUCCGUUACAUACCAUCUACUUACAGACCAAUCUCAACAAAAAUAUUUCAACUCUGUUCUUGUCUUGUAAACUUGCAAGCUCCACUUUUGAAAGAAAUUUUAAAGAUACAUGUACUUAUUAUAAAUUUGCAUUGGCGUGUGACAGUAUACACUAAACAGUGAAGAUAUUCAUACCAAAGUGCAAGGGAUAAGCAAAUUUUGAUUUGUUAUCAAUGUCAAUGGUUAUAUUUGUUAAUUUUGUAGUAUGUUGUAAUACAUGUACUUCAGAAAAUGAAAAUCCCUUUUGUUAGCAUGGAUUUAUUACAAGAAUGUUUGGCAAUUCCAUUCUUCAUUUGACAAUAUAAUUUGGAAGAGGGUUUACUUAUAAUUUUAAAUCUCUAGUUUAAAGUAUAUUUACCUUUAAAGCACAACUCAACAAAUUCAUGUUUUCAACAAUUUAUCUAUUAAGAAAGACAAAAAUGUUACAUUUUCACUUUGAGAAUAACAUCUUCAAUUCAUUAAUAAAAUGAUUCUAAAUUUU